AUGAUCAAGGUCAAGGUGAAGUGGGGCAAAGAGCUCCUUGAGCUCACCGUCAACCUCCAGAGCACCGUCAAGGAGUUCAAGGAUUCGUUAUAUACGCUAACGGCUGUCCCAGUGGAGCGGCAGAAGAUUAUGGGUAUCAAGGCAGGUGCACUCACCGACAGUGCAACCCUCUCUGAUGUUGGCGUGGUCGACGGUAAGACGCUUAUGCUUAUCGGGACUGCCGAUGAUGCCCCAAAGGCCGCAGUACCCCCACCGGCGGAGGUAUCUGUCGAGGUGGGAGCAGUGAAAGCAGGCGCCGCAUUCGAAACGGAGAUGCCAAACGGGCUGCAGAACAUCGCCAAUACAUGCUACAUGAACGCGGCAAUUCAAAUGCUCCGCCUUGUUCCAGAGGUGCGCCAGCUGCUCGAACCGCGUACGACUGACCCGCUGCUUUCCUCGCUGGGUCAGUUGUACAAGACAAUGGAUGGCGCAAAGGACGCUGUGUUGCCGCUGCCUUUCUGGAGCACCCUGACUGUGCAGUGCCCUACAUUUAAUGAGCGUGAUGACAGGGGGAACCCAAUCCAGCACGAUUCGCAGGAAGUACUGAACAUUCUCCUUCAGCGCAUCAGUGAAGUGGUGCCAGAGUCGCAGAAACGGCUGUUUCAAGGAGCUCUAAAGCAAACGACUACAUGCAAGGAAGCCCCCGACGAUACACCUGCUGUUCAAGAUCUUCCGUUUUUGAUGUUGUCUUGCAACAUCAACUCGGAAAUACAGUCGUUGGAGGUUGGACUAAAUACGGGUUUCAACGAGAUGGUCACCCUCCCCUCCGAGACGCUCUCACGUGACGCACCCUUCUCACGCACGAGCCGAAUCAGCACGCUACCGGAGUACCUUUUUGUGCACCUUGUCCGCUUUUCGUGGCGUAACGACACGCAAAAGAAGGCCAAAAUCCUGCGAUCUGUCACUUUUCCCCUUGUGCUGGACCUUUUUACGCUAUGCACAGAGGAGCUUAAGACGUCCAUGGAGCCCGAGCGGGCGAAGGUGAUGGAGCGCCGCGACAGGGAGCUUGACCGCCGCCGCGAAAUGCGCCAGAAGAAGCGUCACGAAGGUGCGACAGAAGCAGGAGAGGUGCCACCACCACCAGAGUCUCUGACAGAUACUGCAUCUGCCGCUAUUGGCAACACAACUGGGUACUAUGAGCUGUGUGGUGUCAUCUCUCACAAGGGCAGAACUGCAGACAGUGGCCACUAUGUGUUCUGGGGAAAGAAUGACGACCAGUGGCUGGUCCUGGACGACGAGCACGUGGCCACUGUGAGUGAGGGGGAUGUGAAACGGCUGGAGGGUGGUGGUGAGGCGCACAGCGCGUAUGUGCUCAUGUACCGUACACGCGACCCGCGGACGAAAAACACCGCACUUCCGCUGUAG